CUGCAAAGUAAGGCAUUUCUCACUGCGUAACAUCUGGCAAGCCUUUCAAUUCAUAAACGAUACUUAAGCGACCCUUGUCUAAGCAAACCCGUAGCGUUGAAUAGAGCUCUGUGAUUGGUUCUCGUAUGUUGCGUAUUUCACGUCGCUGCUUGACGUUCAUAUCAGUUGUCAUACAACAACGUCAAAACAUAAACAGUUACCGGUAACCAAGAACAAUUUUGAGUUGUCAUACAACAACGUCAAAAUAUAAAUAGUUACCGGUAUCCAAGAACAAUUUUGAGUUGUCAUACAACAACGUCAAAACAUAAACAGUUACCGGUAUCCAAGAACAAUUUUGUUAAUAUUUGUGUUGGUUUUAUAUUCACAAAUAUGGAUACAAUAACAAAAUCGGGAUCCCUAAACACAACUGUCUGUCUGUCCGAAAAAUACUUAUAUUUCUCUAACAAGAAAUAAACCUUGUGACAUCUAUUGCCAUUGACAAUGGCUAUGCGUUGCUUAAAACAGCUGGCAGGCUACUUUAGCUGUGCGUUCAUUUUGAAGGACGCAUUGUACCAGCUGUCACUCAAGUAUUGUUUAUGAAUUAGAUUUAGGGGCCCUGUGCGCUCGCGCGCACUAAGAGACCGCAUAGUAUCGUUUGUGAAUACGGGUGUUACACCCGUAUUCACAUUAGUUUCUUUAGUUUCUUCUAUAGUUUCUUUGCACAUUUUUUAACAUAGGCUAAUCAAUUUUACGUAUGUCAUUGUCAAAGUCAAAAUUUGACUGAAGACAGACAGACAUCAGUUAGACAAGACAAAUACGAUCUAAACAGCGAUGUUUUAAAAAGUAUUCAAACUUCAAAUUAUACUGAAAUAAGACGGCAAUUAGUAUGAAGCGUGUUUCCAUCUGAGAUAGUCAAUCGAGUUAACCAGCGAAGUCACUGGCUAUCUGUGCGAAUGGGGCUCCGUUUGUUUUGGUGUCAUUUGUUUAUAAAAAAAAAAUUAUAAAACAAGAAAAAUAGUAACAUACAAAAUGGAGAGUAUGGAGUUUGUGAAAGAGAACAAGCCAGCACAGCCACCGCUGUCCGUGUGGUGGCUGGCGGCCGGGCUGGCGGCCAGCGCCGCGCUGCUGGCGGGCGUGGCGCUGCUGGACGCCGCGCUGCCCGAGCCGCUCGGGCCCGGCGCGCCGCCCGAGCGCUUCCACGGGCUCACCGCGCACCGCCACCUCACCAACCUCACCGCGAUCGGCCCGAGGGUGGCAGGCAGCUACGAGAACGAAGUGCUGGCGGUGGGCGUGCUGGUGGCGGCCGUGAAGGACAUCGCGGCGCACGCCUCGCCGCACAACCGGCUCGAGCUGGACGUGCACACCGCCAGCGGAGCUUUUGAGCUUUCCUUCAUGGACGGUAUGAACAACGUGUACCGCGACGUGCAGAACGUGGUGGUGCGCGUGCGCGGCGUGGGCGGCCGCGCCACGGGCCGCUCCGCGCUGCUCCUCAACUGCCAUUUUGACACUGUGCCUGACAGCCCCGGCGCCAGCGACGACGGCGCGGGCUGCGCGGUGCUGCUGGAGGUGCUGCGCGCGCUGGCGGCGGCGCGGCGCCCGCUGCGGCACGACGCCGUGUUCCUGUUCAACGGCGCCGAGGAGAACAUCCUGCAGGCCUCGCACGCCUUCAUCACGCAGCACAAGUGGGCGCGGGACGUGCGCGCCUUCAUCAACAUCGAGGCGUGCGGCGCGGGCGGCCGCGAGGUCCUGUUCCAGGCCGGCCCGCACGACCCCUGGAUCGUCGAGAUGUACGCGAGUGUGGUGCCGCACCCGUACGCGUCGUCGCUGGCGCAGGAACUGUUCGAGAGCGGACUCAUCCCCGCCGACACUGACUUCCGCAUCUUCCGGGACUUCGGCAACCUGUCGGGCGUGGACCUGGCGUGGAGCUCCAACGGGUACGUGUACCACACGCGGCUGGACACGGCCCGCGCCGUGCCGGCCGCGGCGCUGCAGCGCACCGGCGACAACGUGCUGGCGCUGGCCGCGGCGCUGCUGGCCAGCGCGCGCCUGGAGCAGGCGCCGGACGGCGCGCGCCAGCCCGUGUUCUUCGACGUGCUGGGGCUGCGCGUGCUGGCGCUGCGCGCGCCCGCCGCCGCCGCCUGCGCCGCCGCCACCACCGCGCUCGUCUUGCUCAAGGUGCACGUGAACGCGGGCGCGGCGCGCGCGCGCCUGUACAUGUCGCGCGCGGCCUGGUGGCGGGCCGUGGCGCGCGCCGCGCUGUGCCUGGCCGCGGCGCACGGCGCCGGCCUGCUGGCCGCGCUGCUGGCCGCGCUGCUGCUGGCCGCGGCCGGCGCGCGCAUGGCCUACUACUCGCGGCCCUGGCUGCUGGCGCCGCUGUUCGCGCUGCCGGCGCUGGCCGCCACGCUGGGCGCGGCGCGCCGCGGCUGGGGCCGGCCGGCGCUGCUGCGCGGCUGGUGGGGCGCGCGCGCCUGGCACGACGCGGGCGCGCUGGGCGCGGCGCUGCUGCUGCAGCUGUGCGCGCUGGCGGGGCUGCGCUCGGGCUUCCUGCCGCUGCUGUGGGCGCUGCCGGCGGCCAGCGCCGACCUGCUGGCGGCGGCGCUGGGCGCGCGGGGCGGGGCGCGCGCGGCGCUGUGGGCGCUGGGCGCGGCGCUGCCGGCGGCGCAGACCAUGUACCUGGCGCUGGGGUCGCUGCAGAUGUUCGUGCCGCUGAUGGGGCGCGCGGGCUCCAGCGCGGUGCCGGCGGACGCCGUCAUGGCGCUGCUGGCGGCGGCGCUGGCGCAGGCGUGCUGCGGCUGGCUGCUGGCGCCGGCGGCGGCGGCGCGGGGAGUGGGGCGCGCGGCGCGGGCGGCGGCGCUGGCGAGCGCGGCGGCGCUGCUGGCCGUGGCGCUGUCCCCGCUGGGCGCGCCGUACAGCGCGGCGCGGCCGCAGCGCCUCAUGGUGUUCCACACGCGGCGCACGCUGCACGCGCCGCUGGUGCCGCAGGACGUGGUGGACCACUUGUACUGGGUGCCCGACCUCGACGCCAACACCGCGGACACGCUGCGCCGCCACGUGCCGGCGCUGGCGGGCGCGGCGCCGGUGUCGGCGGCGGAGUGCGCGCGCCUGCUGUACUGCGGCGUGCCCUACUACCUGCCCGUGCGCUCGCUCGUGCCGCGCUCGCACGCCGCGCCCGCGCCCGGCCCGCCGCUGCCGCGCCUGCGGGCCGCGCUGCGCCUGCGCCGCCUCAACGCCACCGCGCUGGAGCUGCGCCUGCGCCUGCGGGGGCCCGCGCACGUCGUGCUGCAGCUGCGGCCCGCGGCCGGCGCGCUCGCCUGGAGCAGCGUGCUGGGCGCGCCGCGCGCCGCCACGGACGGCACGUACUUCCUGGCGCUGCACGCCGCGCGCGGCGCCGAGCGGGGCGCGGCGCGCUGGGACCUGCGCCUGCAGCUGCAGCGGGCGGCGGGCGCGCGCAGCUGGCAGCUGGCGCUGGCGGGGCACGCGCAGGCCGGCCCGCUGGCGCGCGCGCCGCCGCACGCCGCGCUGCUGGCCGCCGCGCCCGCCUGGCUGGCCGCCACCGGCUGGGGCGUCGACCUGCACCUCUACGAACUAGUCGAGCCCACAGAGCCCGAUGAUCUCGCAGGACCUGACGACCUCACAGAGCCCGACGACCUCACAGAGCCCGACGACCUCACAGGGCCCGACGACCUCACAGGGCCCGACGAGCUCGCCGAAGUUGCAGAACCCGCCGAACCAUCGAUCGAGCAGAUGCGGCCUGAGCCCAGCCCGGCCCGGCCCUAGUUCGCGCCUGUACGGUGGAGCCCUCGACGGCGGCGGUAUUGUAUCGCACCGAUACUUGUUUAUACAUUGUUCAUUGUUUUAUUUAGUAAUUACAAAUAAGUUAGUUUGUACGCGGGACGCGGCGGUCCGUGGCCCGGCCACGGGUUGCCUAGGUAAUUAUUUGUUACAUAUCUGUAAACAUUUAACAUUCAUAUUAAGUAUGUUCGCAAUAAGAUAAAAAUACAAAGAAAACAUCCCUUGUACUGUCAAGUGGUAGAGUAAGAGCAAGCAAUAUAUCCGUGUGUAGCGCCGCGCACAGGCACUGUGUGUCCUGUACUGUGUACAUGUGCACAGACCUACACACCGGAGCGGAUGUACACAUUGAGCAUAUACAUUACUACUAGCGCAAUACUCACGAAGUAAGGUUACGAGGUCUCAUUGACCUGGCGGCGACCAGCUGCCAGACGAAUGGCCUAUAGUAUAAUUUAUAGUCAAAUGUUCGUACCUUAAUGUUUAUUAUUGUUUAUGGCGGAGCAAAAGUAAUGUUGUAAUUUGAACCCUGCAUCCAUUUUGGAAUAUAAUAAAAUAAUAAUAAUAUUUUUCUAAAGACAGGCACUUACGCAACUUACCUUGUCUUGCUAUUUCUACUCAAUCUUGUAUAAACGUUGCCCCACGCUAGGAUUUUCUCUUAUAUUGAGAUUGCAUUUAAAAACAAAUAAUUUCACAUACAUAUCACAACCAGACCCGAAAGAACAAUUUGUGUAUCACACAAAAAACCGUUCCGUGUGGGAAUCGAACCUGCUAGUUGGGCAGCCAUUGCGCCACACGUGCAGUGCAAUAAAUAAAAAGAAGUACAGUAGAACUCCAAUUAUCCGAACUCCGACUAUCCGAAUCGCCGAUUAUCCGAAUCACAAAAAUUGUCCAGAAAAAGUCUAAGUGCGCUAUUAUUCUCCCCCUCGCGAAGCCAGUGUUUGCGCGUCAAGUCUUGACUUGACUUGUCUUAACUUGCCGUUGUGCAUACACUGACUUCCCCUCGCAAUUUAAUUCAAUAAAAAAAUAGUGCAAUAUCAAAACAUAGCUUUUAUUCUCUUCAAUGGCAAUUUUUUUUUUAAAAAUCCGAUUAUCCGAAUAUUUGAUUAUCCGAAUGGGUCCCGGUCCCCAUUAAUUCGGAUAAUUGGAGUUCUACUGUAUUCACCUGUAGAGUCGAUGCAUAUUUGCGCUCGUAAUACGGCAUCAUGAAAUGAGUGUUGCGUGCAUUUCAGCAGUUAUUGUUUUCUUCAAUGCUAACUUUUAAAUCUUGUAAAUACCCUAUUUACAUACAGGUGACAAAUUUUUAUUUUAAUAUCCGUCUUGUAGAUUAUUUUAAAAUAUUAGACACGUAUUUUUCAUUUUUUACGGAAUUAAAUACGUUCGAAGAUAUAUCGAUUUGAAAUAUCAUUUUUGAGUACGUUUUAUAUUCAACAGUGACGUAGUUAGCUCCCACGCCUAAACUUUGAUUCGUUUUAUCUAAGCAUUGUUAUCUUAUAUAACAAAAUAAAAAAAUACGUGUCUAAUAUUUUUUCAUUACCUAACUGACGGACUAAAUAGAUUUUUAAUUAUCAUACCCCGUCAUCAUCCCUAUUGCGCGCUUUGUUGCGGUAAAUGCGAGGUUUUAAAAUACCUCAUUGAAGGAAAGGAAAGAAGUGCACUGUUUCUGUAGAUUACGACGACGAGGGUAAUAAAUUCACGCCGCGCUCAAACAACAGACUGAUUUGUGGAAUAAGCUGUAUAAUAAUAAUCACACGUUCUUGAGAUGGGCGUCGCUAUAUAUCCAAAUCAUGAAUGUCGAUAUUUUGGUUGGUCUACACUCUACAGCAUAAAAAUUGCCUUCCCAUUGUCGCAUUACUUUUGCCCCACCCAUUAUAGAUUAUAUGUCACCGUAAGAUUGUAAAACCGUUACAUUAUACUCAAUCUCGCGAGACUAAACCAAACGCGAGACAAAUUGUGGACCGGACUGUUUCGGUGGAGUCUAUCGAAUUUUGAACUAUGGAUAUCCAUUAGUAAAAUUGUAAACACUUCGUUACACCAAUCACAGAAGGGCUUUUAAUUUCAAAUAACGCGCUGCUGCUGUCGGAUCGGUCGAUGUUAGUAUCUCGGACCAUAGACUUGGUACAAAGUACACCUUAGUUUUAUAGUACCCCCUAACUGCCUCAGCCGGUAUUGGAAUACUUGGCGUCAACAAUCCGAGCGACGAAUUUCGGCCUCGCACAGCAAAACUGUGGAAUGAGCUGUCGACAGCGGUAUUUCCGAACCGAAAAGACUUUCAAAUGUUCAACAAAAGAGUGCCAUAUCUAAUGUUGUCAGUAUCAUCAAAGAGUUAACACCCAUAGCACCCAGCUGGCGUAUCCAAAGACAGUUAAUCGCUAAAUACAAAUAACACCUUGUUUGGUACUAAUGGUUAAUUCCCACUAAUUCGAGACCGAGAUCACUUUAACUCUAUGGUUUACAGUAUGACGGUUUUCUAAGGACAGAUUACAAACUAUCGAAACAUACCUAAUUUUACGAAUUAUAAAUGGACUUCACACUUUUUCGACAGUGUAAAAUAUCGUGAUAUUAAAAUGUAACGAUGUUUGCAAUUUUACUGUGAAAUAUAAUAAAAUAUAUAAUGUAAUGUUGACAGUGGGUGUCGACAAAGAUGUUGAUCAAUAGCUACAAGUGAUAGAUAUAAGGACAGACCGUGCCUUGGUUGACAAUUAAGUAUAGGUACAUGUAAGUAGGGAUGAUGCCAUGAUGGACAUUCAUUACAACCUGUGUAUGUAAACUGAA